AUGCCUGUGCGUAGUGAAGAGAUCGAUUACCUAAUAUAUCGUUACUUGCUUGAACAUAAUUACGCACAUUCUGCCUUCGUUUUUAACACUGAAGCUAACGUGGAAAAGAAUGCUGCUGCUCAAAAGUUAGAUAUAGGUUCCGUAAAGCGCGAUGCGCUGGUAUUAACUAUUCGUCGGGCUAUGCUAUAUAAAGAUCUUGUCUACCACACUCCUCUGCACGGACCAAUGAUAAACUGUAAGGCUGAAUUAAAUUUGAUUGGGAAGCAUAUAUGCGAUGUAAUUUUACCUGAUAAUGAGAGUACGGAAGAGACAAAUACCAAUUCUCCAGACGGCGAUUCUCCUCCACACGGACCUAACGAAAUUCACAGGGAUGGUAAUAACGAUAACAAUAUUGAAAAUAGGGGAAAUAAUAAUAACUCGAGUACUUCAAAUGGUAACAAUAAUAUGAGUAAAUCGUCUGGUAGUGGUAAUGUGAAAUCAUUCAUUUCUGAAGGCGAAGUAGACGUCCGUAACGACUCUAAAUCUGAUCGGGAUUUACCCCCUCCUCAUUCUGAUCAUAUCCCCGAUACCGUUUCAGUUCAAAGAAGAAAAAGAAUCAGAAGAAAUUCUGAAAGUGUUCGUAAUGAAAUUAUUCAAAGUAAUUCGGGUUCUUCAAUGAAACCUUUAAAAGUUUCUAAAAUUGAUGAUUCAAAAUCUGAUAUUUCUCGUCGUAAGAAAUCUAAAAAUAAUGAUGAUGAUGUGAAAUCUACUUCUGAUGCUGAUUCAAUACAUAGUCAAGAUGACCCUCCUGAAUCAAGUAAAAAACCUAUUACUACUAGAGGUCGUAAGAAAUCUCAAAAGACUGUUGCUUUCGGUUCAAAAAGUGCCGUCAAAAAAUCAAAACCUCUACGUUCUAGACUUGAUCAAGAUUCUGUUUCUUCAAAAGGAGAUGAUGAUUCUAAACUUGAUGAUUUUCAUCGUUCUGUUACUUCAAAAGAUAAGGGUAAACUUGUUCAAAAUUUUAACUUUGAUGAAAAAUCUGAUUUUAAUCUUAUGUUUGGUUCUCAAUCUUUAAAAGAUAAAAAACUUAAGCCUUAUGAUGAUGAUUCACAUUGUGAUCCUCAUGCUAUUUAUUCAGAUUCUUAUGAUCCUGAAGCUCUUCCUGACGAUAUGGAAAUUGACUCUCCUCAAAAUAUUCCUUCACCUUCUUCUGUUAUCAGAAAUAUACCUCAUCCCACUCGAACUUUACAUCAAAAAUCUCUCAUUUAUAAAGUUGAUGAUAAAAGUCACACUCUUUUAAAUAAUCUUUUACGUCAAGGUGAAGAAUUUAUGACUUGUGCUUGGAAACCUGGUGAUUAUGUUUUGGCUACUGGUGGAAGAGAUGGAAAAGUUAGAAUUUGGAAAGAUAUAAAUGGUGACGCUACAAAUACUUGGAAAAAUGUUAUGAGCACUACUUAUCAUCUUAUUACGAGUCAUGAUCCUAUUGUAACUUGGGUUGAAUGGACUGUUAAAGGUGAUAUGAUCGCUUGUUCUUAUGAUACUGGAAUUGCCGGUGUUUAUCGUGAUGAUUGUAUUUUUCGUAGAAAAUUAGAUGGUCAUAAAUCUAGUGUUUCAAAGAUAAAAUGGAGUCCAAAAGGAGAUUAUUUAGCUACUGUAAGUUGUGAUGUCAACAAUCUUAUAUUAUUAUGGGAUUUAGAUGGUAAUUAUUCAAGACUUGACGAUUUACAUAAAAAAACUGUAACUGAUGUUGCUUGGAAUGAUAAUGCCUUGGCUUCUUGCUCAAGUGAUGGUAAAGUCAUUCUUUGGAAAUUAUCUUCUGUAAAUGAUAAGCUAGAAAUUCGUCCUUUUGAAUAUGCCGGUCAUGAUGGUGAAGUUUUUUCUAUUCAAUGGGACCCUACAAAAAAUUAUUUGGCUUCUUGUGCAAGAGAUGGUACUUGUAAGAUUUGGUCUAACGAAGAAAGAGAACCUUUACAAACUAUUUCUUCGGAAGAUGGUGAUAUCACUCUUGCAAAGUGGCAUCCAAAAUCUACUACUGAACAGCACUGGUUGCUUACAACUUCAAAGGAUAGUGGGAUUGUACGCUUUUGGGAUGCUCUUGAACCUCGCUGUUGGCACAAGAUACAUUUACAUCAAUCACAUAUUAAUACUAUUGAAUUUUCUCCGGAUGGUCGUUAUUUUGCUUCUGGUUCUAAAGAUUCAUUUCUGAACAUUGUUGAUGUGAAAACUUAUUUAACUGUGGAAACACAUUGUCUUGGGAAUGAUAUUAUGAGCAUUGAAUGGAAUCACAAAUCUACCCAAAUAGCUGCAAGAUUACAUAAUGGUAAUGUAUAUGUAGUGAUGGUGUUGGAUGUAAAAAAAAAGUCAACCUAA